AUGCAACCGUGCUCUUACGGUACUGCCGUUGCAAUUCAUAUGCCUACGUCAAACCAUUCAACUCGUGCGAAUCUUCGCCGACAGCGAGGCCAUGAUCCCAGUGAUCAGUUGCACCAGGAGAAACGACCGCAAUCUAGCCAGCAAGCCAGAUUCAGCCCUUCACCAGAUGAGGUCCGACCACAAUCCGCGAGUAGUUCUGUCACAAGCACCAGCCGAUUUUACGGGCUUGGAGACGAUAACGCACUCGAUAACCUAUUCGCUUCUAGUCCACAGACAUUUUCGAGCCUCCCGCAUCCUCACGGCUCACAAGGUCUUCACGAGCCUGCAUGGGAGCUUCGUUCAGAUUAUGAGAUCUAUCUGCAGAAUGACUUCUUCCAUGGACAAGAACAUAUUCAGCGAGUCACAUCGCUUAUACCAGGCCCAGAGCUCGGUCUAUUUGCCUCUAAGCCUCCCGAAUCACCCCAAUCCGCUCAGCAGCCCCCAGCAACAAGAAGAACCGAGUUCCAAUCCGCAAUGAGCAUAGUGCGAGAUGUUAUUGGCGAAGGGCGAACGUUAACCAUUGAUCUCGCGCGCUCAUAUGAACGGGUACGAGGAUGGCGAGAGAGAUGGGGUUGGCCACCCUUAAGUCCAGAAGCAUAUGAGCCCCCUCCGCCAUACUCUCCAACCUGUAGGUUACCUACACAAUCACUUCUAGUAUCACCUACCCAGGAGAAUAUUGAUUCAUCGCCUAUUCGACAGUCUAUUUCCCCCAUUCCAGAGCAGAUCCUGAACCCACCGAUUCCAGGCGAUCCAGCGCCCUCGGCCGAAGCUCUUUUCGAGAGAGUGAAUAGCUUUGCCAAGAAGCAUGGCUUUGGUAUUGUCCGAAGGAAUAAAUAUUCCUACAAGGGACGGCUGAUAAGAUACACUUUUCUAUGUGAUCGGUAUGGGCCACCUGAAGCCUCACAAAGCGCCGGUCUUAGGGUCAAAAGAUCUCGAAAAUGUGGGUGUAAAUGGAAGGUUAUUGCCGAAGCUCUGCAAGAGGGCAAGUGGCUUCUGCGACAGCAUGAAAAUCCUGAGCAUCACCAGCACAACCAUGAAAGGAGUAUUACCCCAUCCUCGCAUCCUUCCCAUAGACGCCUUACCACAUCAGUCAAAGCAGCUAUCGAGUCAGCAAGUCGUCGAGCAGGUAUUCGGGCUAGCGAUGUAGCUGCUAUCGUUGAAGCAGAAUUCCCUGAUACUACACUGCUGCGGAAAGAUAUCUACAAUGCCCGUUGUCUUAUUAAUCGAGAAAAACUGAGUGGCUAUACACCUACUGCGGCAUUGAUCAAGCUCUUUGAUGAGAAGCGCAUUCCGUAUCUCGCCAAAUGGGCUGAUAAUGAACCUAAUAGAUUACUUGGUCUUGUCUGGACGUUUCCCUAUUGUCUACAGAUGUGGAAGCGCUUCCCUGAGGUUAUAAGCUUCGAUAAUACAUAUAACACCAAUAGAUUCAAGCUUCCAUUAUUUCAAGCCACUGGACAAACCUGUCUCGGGACGGUGUUCAAUGCUGCAUUUGGCUUAAUAGAUAACGAGAGGAGAGAAGGCUUCCAAUUUCUUGCCGAGAGCAUUCGCGAACUUAUUACGAAACACUCAAUCAGACAACCUGAUGUUAUCAUCACAGACUUCGACAAGGCAAUGAAAGCUGCUCUUCAGGACCAAUUCCCGCUUAUACAGCAACAGCUCUGUAUUCAUCAUAUUCUUUCAAAUGUUCUCCUACAAUCGAAGAAUAGGUGGGUAGGCGGCGGUGAGGGUAGAGCUAGCUUCGCCACUAGUGACAGCGAAGAUGUUGCUUCCCAAACACAGGUGCGGCUUGGUGUUGUCUUGAUGUGGAAGCGGGUUCUCUAUGCUGAGACAGAGGAAGCGUUCGAGCAAGCAUGGAGAGAUCUUUGUAAAGAGUUCGAUGAUCAGCGGGCGAUUCUACAAUACCUCUAUUCGAUCUAUCUGCCCGUCAGUGCUCAAUGGGCACGCUGCUUUAUCCGUCACUAUCGUAACUUUGGUAUUCGUGUUACAUCUGGCACAGAAGCAAGCAACAACAAUGUCAAAAGCUAUCUCUUGAACGGCAUGAGCCACCUCUACCGACUCGUCGAGGCAAUGCAAGACAUGAUUCACGACCAAGAACGUAGUUUUAAGGAUGCAUGUGGGCAGGAUGAUGUCCUUACUGCCCCCCAAUACAUGGGUUCAAUGGGGGACUAUCUUGGCGAGCUGCGAACAAUUAUGUCAUCGAAGGGACUGGGGUUAAUCAGUAAGCAAUACCGCAUUGCUCUCAAGUUUAUGCCGACGGGUAAGAACCCUUUUCCUGACUCUAUUGGACCUUGCGACAACGACUGUACGGUUUCUGUUGAGCUCGGCAUUCCCUGCUAUCAUAAAGUCUAUGCAAAGCUAGAUUCCGGAACACCUUUCACGAAAUGGGAGGUCCAUCCACAUUGGAGACUCAGGGAAUCAGCAUCUCGAGACCCAUACCUCCGAAUUCUUGACCCGAAAAUUGCUACUACAUUACGUGGGAGACCAAAGAACACUAUCCAGGCGGUUCCUGAGAGCCUAGCUAUUACGGCAAGCCAUCGGUCUGGCAGUCAGACAAGCAGUCAGAGGCAGGGUCGGCAUCCCCCGAGUCAAUUAAUUAGUCACUCAAAUGGGCGAAGGCGAGGUCGACCACCAGGGAGCCUCAACAAAUCCACCCUUGCCAAGAGAGCAAAAGAUUUGAGUCAAGACACUAUGGCACGAACCAGUAGCCAGACAAGCGUCUCAACCCGGCAACAGAAAAAUAGGCUUCCUGUGGUUCUUGAAGCCGGGAAGUCAUCAGGAAUGCGCUACAGUGGUCGAAGGACGCAACCAAAUGUUCGCAGAACAAGAAGUCAAUGGGAAUUGGCCAAGAGUGGAGAAGACGAUGCAAGUUGUAUUGUGGUUAUACCGUGA